UCUCUUUUUUUUUUCUUUCAAGGGUGAGUCGAACGCCGGACUCAUUUGCAUGCCCCAAUAGGGUGGCCGUAUGCAAACGAGCCGGGAGACGGUUGGCUGGGGGUUGGCAGGAUAACUCCGGCCCGGGGAGCCCUUUGUCCCUCAGUGGCAACGCCGUGUGGGGAGAGGUAGGAGCGCGAAGGGAUCGGUCUGAGCAGCGGGGCUGCAAGAAGUGCCCGGGUGGGCGAGGAAGGCACAGGGGCGAAGCUGCACCGCCGCCGCCGCCCUGAGGAUUUGACUUACUGGAGUGACACUUACCGCGGAUUCCCCUGAGGGCAGCCGGAGGAGCAGAGAAGCAAGGAAGAGGGAACAGGGCGAGGAGGAGGGUUGAAGGCUGCCUCUCCCGUUCCCCCCGUUGGAUUGGUUUCUUUGCAGGGAUCUGCAGCUGCAAUAUGACUCUGGAAGAGCUCGCUGGGGAGCACCAGACUUUCGGAAGCAUGGAGAAGGUAGGGGAUGCCCUGGAGGAAGUCCUGAGCAAAGCCCUGACUCAGAGAAGCAUCACCAUUGGCGUGUAUGAGGCUGCCAAGCUGCUUAACGUGGAUCCAGAUAAUGUUGUGCUUUGUCUGCUGGCAGCCGAUGAGGAAGACAACCAGGAUGUUGCUCUACAAAUUCACUUCACCCUGAUCCAAGCUUUCUGUUGUGAGAAUGACAUUAACAUACUCCGAGUGAGCAACCCAAGCCGGCUAGCGGAGCUGCUGCUCUUGGGGGCGAGUGGAGGGAGCGAGCAGCCUGCAGACCUGCACUGUGUGCUUGUGACAAAUCCACAUGCCUCUCAAUGGAAGGAUCCAGCCUUAAGUCAGCUGAUUUGCUUUUGCCGGGAAAGCCGCUACAUGGACCAGUGGGUUCCAGUGAUUAACCUUCCUGAACGAUGACAGCAUAUGGAUGAAGCUGAAUUGAACAGAAAAAUUGCACUGAAGUUUCAAAAUACUUUAGUAGCUUGCUCAGGAGGCAAUUUCCCAGCCUGACACAAGGAUUACAGUAACUGAUGUCAAGUUGAGGUUGAACUACAUGUUGUGAGAAACAGAGAGACAUUUGACUUUGCUGUUGGAAGAUGAUGGACCCGAAGCAGAGCUAUGUUGGGGGAGCAAUUAAGAAGUCCUUGUGGAGGAAGUCUGAGUUCUGCAAGAAGGUUGCGAAAACAGUGUGCCGAUUUCCUUUCAGAACACACCAAAUGUGCUUUGUUGGAGUUGUAGAAGAACAACUUUUAGUUUCCGUUUUUAAAUACCUUUCACUUGUAAGAGCUAAAAGGGUUAAUUAUUCUUAAAUCUUUUGUUUCAACAUGCUUGAUUUCUUAAGUUUUUAUUCUAAGAAAUAUUAACUUAUUUUAUGAUACUGAUGAAAGAUUUAUUUAUGCUUGGGAUUUUCAAGAGCAAUCCUGCUUGCACCCCUUGUAUUAAAAAUGUUUGAACUGCUAUCUUUUAAUAAAUUGUUUGAAACUGGACUGUGUUCACUGAAAUAAAAUUUUCAAACCUAUGGCAAAUCAGUGUUUUUACUUUUGUAAGAGAGAGCAGAAGGAAUUGGUUUUGGCAAAGCAGUUCUUGGAAAGCCGAUAACUACAAAUGCCAGGAUCAUGCUGAUCUAGGACCGUGUCUCUAGGACAUUGCACACAUAGUGCAGGUUGUACAAAACUUGGCUGGAAAGGUCCUAGCUGUUCAUUAUCAUGAACUGGAUGGCCACUCCUGCAAAAAAGAUGAACAAUUCACAAACAAAAUGUAAGAAUUUGUGUGGACAUUGGGGGAAGUACCGGUAGUUGUCACUACCUGAAUCCCGGGAAGUAGCUAAAUGGUACUUCUUGACACUCUUCAACUGUAUACAAUCAGAGCAAAUGGAUUAUUUUAAGGAAAUUUAUUUUCCCAGAUGACAAAUCUUUACACAGUGUAUCUGGAAAAAAAAUGUGGCAUCACUGGAUUGCUGGAGAAACGUAUGCUGUAUGCAAUAAAGGCACAUUUCUGAUAAGGACCUAAAUAUCUAUGAAGGGCCAAUUCUCAUUAUUUAAGGUCUGCAAGUUUGAUACGCAACAAAUCAAAUGGCAAAUGUUCUCUGAAAGUCUCCUAGGAUGGAUAUUUGAAAGAGAAAUGGCACUUGAUUAAUGUCUUAAAAAGAUUAGCUAGCUGAAUCAGGAAGGAUGUUUUCAAAAUUGAGUGGAAUCUAGGGAACGGCAUGCACCAAACUCAGUAAGCUACAUCACAUAACUUUUUCAUAGAGAUCAGACAAGUUGAAAACCAUCCCAAUAGCUAUAUAUAUAAUGAUUUCAUUUUUACAGGUUGUUAGGAAAGACCCAUUGAGCUGCUUGUAUUAUGCACUAGAGAUACAUUCUGAAGAGGGCACUGCCUAAGUCAGGCAUCCCCAAACUUUGGCCCUCUAGAUGUUUUGGACUACAAUUCCCAUCAUCCCUGACUACUGGUCCUGUUAGCUAGGUAUCAUGCGAGUUGUAGGCCACAACAUCUGGAGGGUUGCAGUUUGGGGAUGCCUGGCCUAAGUAUCUACACAUAAGAAGCAAAAGAAAGGCGAACACUUUGCAGAAGCCUUUGAAAGUAAAUGGAAAUAUUCUGGAACAAGGCAAAAAGAUCAACAACACUAGGUUUGUAAACAAAGAGAGGUCAGGGCAUAUUGUGAAGGUCAGUGAGCAGGAAAUCAAAUUUACAAUUUUCUGGAUAUGAACAUUCACCGAGGACUUUAAAGGCUAAACCAUCACAUUUAUAAAAGCAGCAGAUGCUCUUUGUAUUCAAUACAAGACCAGAUACAACCCAAUGCAUUUUCGUGUAUGAGGUAGAAACUCUCUUAAUGGCAUUCUAUAAUCCAGUAUCUGCUGCAGACUACCUACAACCUAGCAGGGACGUGGGUGGCGCUGUGGGUUAAACCACUGAGCCUAGGGCUUGCCUAUCAGAAGGUCGACGGUUCGAAUCCCCGCGACGGAGUGAGCUCCCGUUGCCCGGUCCGAGCUCCUGCCAACCUAGCAGUUCGAAAGUGUG